GUUGGUAUUCCUUUUUGUUUAGAAAUGGAGAUAUACACUCAUCUACUUCCCAGAGAUGUUGAGGCAUUUGAGCAUUACAAUACUUUCUCUUCCAAGCGACUGGAAGAGGCUAAUAAAAUUGGAAGAAUAAACCUUGCUGCGACUGGAAAAGAUCUAAUGGAUGAUGAGAAACAGGGGGAUGUCAGUAUAGAUCUCUUUGCUGCCCUAGACCUUGAAACAGAAGCAACUGAAGAGCGGACAAAUGAGCUUCAAACCAGUCAGACUUUGGGCUUGCUCACUGGCUUUCUUUCGGUGGAUGACUGGUAUCAUGCAUAUCUAUUAUUUGAGCGCCUUUCACCACUCAAUGCUGUGGAACAUAGUCAAAUAUGUGAUAGUUUGUUCAGACUUAUUGAGAAGACCAUCUGUUCAGCAUAUGAUGUUGUCCGUCAGACACAUCUUCAAAAUCCUGGAUCAUCGUCAGGAGGCACUGAUGUUAUGGAUGUUGAUAACACUUCAGGAUAUAAUUCUUUCAUAGAUCUUCCUAAGGAACUUUUUCAGAUGCUUUCUUGUACUGGACCUUAUCUCUACCGUGAUACUGUACUGUUGCAGAAGGUUUGUAGGGUCUUGAGAGGUUAUUACCUUUCUGCUCUUGAGCUUGUAAGUCGUGGCAAUGGUGCCUUGAAUCCUCAAUUGCAUUUUCCUGGAAACCCUAACUUACAUCUUAAGGAGGCACGGCUAAGGGUGGAGGAUGCUUUAGGAGCAUGUGUACUUCCUUCUCUGCAGUUAAUUCCCGCCAAUCCUGCUGUUGGGCAGGAGAUAUGGGAACUAAUGAGUCUUCUUCCUUAUGAGGUGCGAUAUCGUUUGUAUGGUGAAUGGGAAAAAGAUGAUGAGCACAUUCCUAUGCUCUUAGCUGCAAGACAAACUGCCAAGUUGGACACUAGGCGUAUUUUGAAAAGGCUGGCAAAGGAAAAUUUGAAGCAGCUAGGUCGGAUGGUUGCAAAAUUAGCUCAUGCCAACCCAAUGACUGUCCUCCGAACAAUUGUUCAUCAGAUUGAGGCUUACAGAGACAUGAUUACUCCUGUAGUGGAUGCAUUUAAGUACCUGACUCAGCUUGAGUAUGAUAUAUUGGAAUAUGUUGUGAUUGAGCGCUUAGCACUUGGUGGACGUGAUAAGUUAAAGGACGAUGGCCUUAAUUUGUCAGACUGGCUUCAAUCUCUAGCCUCAUUUUGGGGCCAUCUGUGUAAGAAGUACCCAUCAAUGGAAUUACGGGGCCUCUUCCAGUAUCUUGUGAAUCAGUUAAAAAAGGGGCAAGGAAUUGAGCUUGUUCUACUGCAGGAGCUUAUUCAACAAAUGGCAAAUGUCCAGUACACAGAGAACUUGACUGAGGAACAGCUUGAUGCAAUGGCAGGGAGUGACACUCUCAGAUAUCAAGCAACUUCUUUUGGUGUAACUCGGAAUAAUAAGGCAUUGAUAAAGUCAACUAGCAGACUGAGAGACGCAUUACUUCCAAAAGAUGAACCAAAGUUGGCAAUCCCACUGUUACUACUUCUUGCUCAACAUCGAUCUCUAGCUGUCGUAAAUGCAGAUGCACCCUACAUUAAGAUGGUUAGCGAGCAGUUUGAUAGAUGUCAUGGAACUCUCCUUCAAUAUGUGGAAUUUCUUGGCAGUGCAGUCACCCCAUCAUCAAGUUAUGGCAUUCUUAUUCCCUCCCUCCAUGACCUAGUCCACCUUUACCACCUAGACCCCGAGGUUGCUUUCUUGAUAUAUCGUCCCAUAAUGAGGCUUUUCAAGUCUCAGAGAGAUCCUGAUAUUUAUUGGCCCUUGGAUGAUAAACGUGGUGCUAGUGAUGCAUCUUCUAACUUUGAGUCUGAUCCUCUGGAUAGUUCUGGUAGUAUGGUACUAAAUCUUGGCUCUGCCCAAAAUCCUAUAAGUUGGUCGUAUCUUCUUGAUACUGUUAAAACCAUGUUACCUCCAAAAGCAUGGAAUAGCUUAUCUCCCGAUCUUUAUGCAACAUUUUGGGGUCUUACGUUAUAUGAUCUAUAUGUCCCGAAAAAUCGAUACGAGUCAGAAAUAGGCAAGCUGCAUGCAAAUCUUAAAUCAUUGGAGGAGCUUUCUGACAAUUCGAGCUCAGCAAUUACAAAGAGGAAGAAAGAAAAGGAAAGAAUUCAAGAAUCUCUUGAUCGGCUGAUUAGUGAACUUCAUAAACACGAGGAGAAUGUUGCAUCUGUUCAUAGACGUCUUUCUCAUGAAAAAAAAAUAUGGUUAAGUUCCUGUCCUGACACCUUGAAGAUCAACAUGGAGUUUCUUCAGCGCUGUAUUUUUCCACGCUGUACUUUCAGUAUGCCAGAUGCUGUUUAUUGUGCUAUGUUUGUCCACACACUUCAUUCCCUUGGAACCCCUUUUUUUAACACAGUCAAUCAUAUAGAUGUUUUAAUUUGUAAGACCCUACAACCUAUGAUAUGCUGCUGCACUGAAUACGAGGCAGGCAGGCUUGGUAGGUUUCUGUAUGAGACUUUGAAGAUAGCUUACUAUUGGAAGAGUGAUGAAUCUAUUUAUGAACGUGAGUGUGGAAACAUGCCAGGGUUUGCCGUUUACUAUAGAUAUCCAGAUAGUCAACGAGUUACAUAUGGGCAGUUCAUUAAGGUACACUGGAAGUGGAGUCAAAGAAUCACACGUUUACUAAUUCAGUGUCUGGAAUCUAGCGAGUACAUGGAAAUUAGAAAUGCACUUAUAAUGUUGACAAAAAUUUCUAGUGUUUUCCCAGUUACCCGGAAGAGUGGGAUAAACCUUGAGAAGCGAGUAGCUAAGAUUAAAAGUGAUGAAAGAGAGGAUCUUAAGGUGUUGGCAACUGGUGUUGCAGCAGCAUUGGCUGCUAGGAAGCCUUCUUGGGUGACUGAUGAAGAAUUUGGUAUGGGUUAUCUUGAGUUGAAACCUGCACCAACUGUGACUAAAUCUUCAGCUGGAAAUUCAGCAACUGUGCAUAGUGGGAUGAAUCUCAAUGUUUCACAAAAUGAUUCUGCCAGUGGAAAACAUGUGGACUCUGGAAACACGGCCAAAGAUCAGGUAAUAAGAACAAAAUCUGCAGAUGGAAAGUCUGAAAGAACUGAAAGCAUGACUGUGACAAAAUCUGAUUCUGGCCAUACAAAAGUCAAGAGUGGUUCAAUGGUAAAUGGAUUAGAUGCCCAAACAUCCUCGAUCUUACCUUCUAUGCAAUCUGGGGUGUCAAAGUCUAUGGAAAACUCAAAGCAAGUGGAAGAAUCGAUAAAUAGAUCAUCAGAUGAACAUGGAACAAGAAAUGCUGAGUCAAGAGCUUCAGCAAAGCGUUCGGUGCCUACUGGUUCACUUUCAAAACCAUCAAAACAAGAGCCUGUAAAAGAAGAUAGUAGGUCUGGAAAACCUGUUGCUAGAACUUCAGGCUCCUUGAGUAGUGACAAGGAUCUACAAACCCAUGCAUUGGAGGGAAGACACGGUGGAACUACCAAUGUAACUUCUUUAGUCAGUGCUAAUGGUAACACCAUUACAGGUUCUACUAAAGGUUCAAACCCACCAAUAAGGAUUUCAUUGGAUGGUCCUGGUAAUGAAUCAAAGGCCGAGGCUGGAGUUGCCAAGUCUUCUGAUAGUAGAGCAUCUGUGGUGAAGGAUGAAGGAAAUGAUACCACUGAUUUCACUAGAGGAUCCUCUUCUCGCGUAGUUCAUUCCCCCAGGCAUGAAAACACAGGAAUCACUUCAAAAUCAAAUGAAAAAGUUCAGAAGAGAGCCAGUUCUGCUGAAGAACCAGACAGACUAGGUAAACGACGAAAAGGAGAUGUUGAGGUAAGAGAUUUUGAAAGUGAAUUUCGAUUCUCUGAAAGAGAUAAGUUGAUGGAUCCUCGCUUUUCUGAUGAAAAAUUGGGACCAGAGGAACAUGGUCUGUACAGGGCAGGUGAUAAGUCACUGGAACGGCCAAAAGACAAGGGCAAUGAAAGAUAUGACAGGGACCACAGGGAAAGAUUAGACCGUAUGGACAAGUCUCGGGGUGAUGACUCUGUAGCAGAAAAACCUAGGGAUAGGUCCCUUGAAAGAUAUGGAAGAGAACGAUCUGUUGAGAGAAUGCAAGAGAGGGGUAGUGAGAGGAGUUUUAAUAGACUCCCUGAGAAAGCUAAGGAUGAAAGAAGCAAGGAUGAUAGAAAUAAGUUACGUUACAGUGAUGCAUCAGUAGAAAAAUCACACGCUGAUGAUCGCUUCCAUGGUCAAAACUUGCCUCCACCACCCCCUUUACCUCCUAAUAUGGUUCCUCAAUCUUUGGGAGCUGGUAGGCGUGAUGAAGAUGCUGAUAGGAGGUAUGGAGCUACGAGGCACUCUCAAAGACUUUCUCCAAGGCAUGAAGAAAAGGAACGGAGACGAUCAGAAGAGACUGUGGUUUCUCAGGAUGAUUCAAAACGCCGAAAAGAAGAUGAUUUUCGAGAUCGAAAACGUGAAGAGAUUAAGGUUGAAGAGAGGGAGAGAGAAAGAGAGAAAGUUAAUGUGCUAAAGGAAGACUUGGAUUUAAAUGCCGCAUCCAAGAGACGGAAACUUAAGAGGGAGCACCUAGCAACUGGUGAACCUGGGGAGUACUCACCUGUGGCUCCUCCACCUCCUCCCCCUGGUAUUGGUAUGUCACUGGGGUAUGAUGGAAGGGACAGGGGAGACAGAAAGGGACCCGUCAUCCAGCAUCCAAACUACAUAGAUGAACCAAAUAUCAGGAUUCACGGUAAAGAGGUGGCCAGCAAGUUGAAUCGCCGUGAUUCAGACCCCUUGUAUGAUCGUGAAUGGGAUGAUGAGAAGAGACAAAGAGCUGAUCAAAAGCGGAGGCACCGGAAGUAGCAAAUCAAAAGGGGCGAUUUCGCAACUAAACUUUUUUGAAGGUUGUUUCAUUUCAUGCACGUGCUAUAAUGCUAACUUUGUGCGUGAGUUGAGGUGGUGGGUUCACAACACUUUUCACUGUCAGCCCUCACUUUUUUGGUAACUUCUGCCAGAUUUCGGCAGAGUUGGAAUUGUUUAGUCUUUCAGAAAUGAGCAUGAAAUGUUAUGAAUUCUCUUAUAGACUUGUAUAUAGUGUUGUAUAUUCUCGAUGGCCGGUGGUCGUCAAAUGUACUUCAAAAAUUGUGAUUAUUUCUUUUAAACCUUCAUUUACAUCAAUAGACAAACCUAGGAAACAUAGAUGUUGUAGACUUGGUGCAACUGUUCGGUGGUCUUUCAUGAAGAUGGUUUCGUUGCACCUGUGGUUACAUAUCCAUGCAUUUAAAUUGUUGAACCCCAAUACUGGAUGUUUGUUUGGUUAUUAAAACCAAGCUUCUGAAAUUGAGCCUCUUAACAUGAUUAUUCUGUUAGCACGUUC